ACCCCAGGAGUGCUGUGAAUCCCGGGAGGGCCGGGUCUCAGGGCACCCCUGGCCCACACUGCCCUGUCACCCUGCUCCCGGGCUGCCCCCCACUGCGAGCCAUCCACUGCCCCUCGGCCUUCCCUGCGGCCCACGGAGCCCCUUCCCCUAAGGAUGUUGCGUCUGGCAACAUCCUUUCCACCCCUGACGUGCCCUGGGCCCUUUUCUGGGGGGUAAACCAAGGAGGGGAGUGAGAUGUGCUCCACGAGGCCAUCCACAGGGCCAGGAAGACCUGAGGAAAUGAGAGGCCCUCUCCCCCUGUAGGAGGAGCUCGUGCCCCCAGACACACCCUGGGGCCAGCAGGCAGUGGGUGCAGCCUGUGCCUGCCACCACCUGGUCGACACUCCAAGGGGUCCCAGGGAGACUGGGCACAAAGGGAGGGUCAGGUUGAGAGGGCAACAGGGACCACUCAUGGCCCCCAGGGCAACAGCAGCCAGGAGCCACUGGCCCUCCCAGGUGCAGAGGAAUGAGGGGAAGGGCCAGUCCCAGAGGCUGGCUGGAGCUGCUGUGAUGGGAGAAGGCUGGUGACGCCAUGGUGGCCCAGGCGUCAGGUGCGGCAGAACAGGUGGCCUGACUGCUGAGCAUCUCACCCUCAGGUCUUGGCCAGUGGAAGCCUUUAUAGGAUCCUUAUGGGACCCAGGACACAAACAGGGUGGAGAGGGGGCCUGGGUCUGGAUGGAAAAUAUCUGGCCCAGUGCCGAGCUCUUGUCACCUCCUCGUCCCGCAGAGGCCACUGACACGGCAUUUCCAGGACUCCCUUGCAGCUAAAGUGCCACGGUGUGGUGGGGUAUUGAGUAAGGUCAUGAGGGUGAGGCCCGCAGCUCCGGCCCGUACGCUGUGCUCCACACCCGCGCGCCCUGGCAGCCUCCCCAGAAGGUCCCCACCAGGCCCCCUCUCUGCAGCCCGCAUUUCCUUCCUGCUGAUUGUGCCAUCUGAUCAAGGCCUGUCACCCCAGUGGGACUCAGCCACAGGGGUCAGCAUGGCUCCCACACAGAGCACAGUGGGGCCGAGAGAGGGGCUCUCAACCUGGGCUCAAAGACAAGAGUGAGUGAAUCUGGGGAAUACGCUCUCCUUUCUCUGGCCUUGCCGCCCCUCUGAGGUGGUGGAGAAGUGGUCUGGGGCCUCGUCCUGAGGCGGCUGAGAAAUGGCCCCUGCCCCGGGCAGGCUCUGCCUUCCCGAAGCAGAAAGAAGGCCAAAGGGAGCGGGAGGGUGCAGCCAUUUGGGGGCUGGAGAUUGGGACUUGCCCCGCCCUGGAGCCCUGCAGCCAGGAAGCUACUGGUGUUGACUGUGGGCGGCCACCCCCCCACCCCAGCCAGCAGAACCAUAUAAAGCCGCCCAAGGUCUGCUCCCUGCUGCCCACCCACCACCAUGAAGGCUGUCCUCCUGGCCCUGCUAGCCGCUGUCUUGGCCCUGCAGCCAGGCACCGCCCUGCAGUGUUACUCCUGCCAGGCCGAGGUCAGCAACCAGGACUGCCAGCAUGUGCAGAACUGCAGCCACUCUGAGACCCAGUGCUGGACUGAGCGCAUCCGUGCUGUUGAUCUCCUGACCCUCAUCAGGAAGGGCUGCAGCUCGCACUGUGUGGAGGACUCAGAGAACUACUACGUGGGCGAGAAAAACGUCACAUGCUGCUCUACUGACCUGUGCAACGCCAGCGGGGCCCACGCCCUGCAGCCGGCCACCGUCACCCUGACGCUGCUCACCGCUCUUGGUGUGCUGCUAUUCUGGGGCCCCGGGCAGCUGUAGGAUCCAGGAGGACGCUGUUGUGUCCCAUGCUGGGCAGUGGUGCCCAGGGGCCCGGGGGGCACUCCUCACACACACCCGGUCCAGUCACGGCCCCUUCUGAACCCUAACUCAGGUCGGGCGAUGCCCCUCUGCCCUUUCCAGCCCUCCCUGGCUCCCUCCAGGACUCCGGCCCAGUUCCCACCGGCCGGCAGGCUGCGCUCUGUGAUGUGGAACAGCGUGCAGAUGGCCCAUCAGACCCCCUCCCAAUAUUCCGACCCACCCCUUAACCUUCACUCAGGCACCUCUUCCUCCAGGAAGCCUUCCCUGCUUGCCCCCUCCACGAGCUGAGCCAGGUCCUGUCCGUGGUGUCCCCCGCACCCAGCAUGAAGCAGGCUCUCAGGAGGGCCCCAAAAAGGCUGAGAGGAAAUGUUCCGAGUAGAAUUAGGGUCAGAGGUGUGAGG